AUGAGGGACAAUGCAGAACAGUAUAUUGCGAGCCUGACAGAGGCUUCCUUCUUUGAAAGGUUGUUGGUCAAACAUUCUGAGCAGCAGCUGGAGGAUGACGCAGAUUUCACUGUUGCUGCAUACACUCAUGAUUUCACGGUGCACCAUAUAGCAGACAUGCAGCUUGAUCAUCUGGAGGAGGUUAGCGCUGAGCGGAUGUUGUUCCCCAAGCCUGAUAACCUGGACUCUGAAGAUGUCGAAGAUCACUUGGCCCAAUGCUUGGAUAGCAUAUCCAAAGAGGUGGAGAACCCUAUGUUCACAGACCCUUCAGUCACUUCUACUGCAUAA